AUAAAUAUAUAUGUUAAAAAAGGUAUAAAAAUACCUUUAAAAAACAAAAAUAAAUUUGGGUAAUUUACUUAUGUGAAAGCUGGCAAUUUAACUUACAGUAUUUAAUUCCAUAAAUGGGAGUUGUUUCUAGUGUUACUUUUUGAAUUGAUGUUCUUACUUUACACCAGCUGGAAGCAGACUUCAUGGCCCUGCUCUGUUCUUUCCCCAGCAUUUAGGGUUCUGCUGGCAAAGGAAAACACGUGCAGUGCAAUGGAAUGUGUAAAGGUCACCCCUCCCCUAUUACUUUAAUAUCUAGGAGCAACAGAAUUACGGCCCACUAAUUUGUCUUAAAACUACAAUUUGCAUUUUAUGAUUUUCAAAUCAUAAAGAAAACUUUUUAAAAAGUUAUGUUUAUGGAGAUUUAGCUCAGUGGUUCUGCCACCUGCCUCGAAAGUGCAAGGUCCCCAGUACCAAAAGAAAAAAGUUAUGUUUAUAUGAUGCUCUCCUUGCUUUCAGAUCAGCUUAUAAUGUUAAUUAACAUUGUUUUUAUUGCAUCCCUUUUUUCCAAAUCAAAGAUUUCCUUAUUAUUUUAAGAGUUCCAAAACCCAAAACAUUUUAAAUAACUUUAGAGGAUAAAAAUAUCCUCCCUCUCAUUGCAUAUUUAUUUUAUUGUGUUUCUAGCACUAUAGAUUUUGUUGUUUUGUGUUUUAACUUGGUCUGAAAAUAGUUGAGAAGCCUUUUAGUUUAUCCACAGCCUUACAGCAUUGCAAAUUUAUGCAUCAGCCUUACUACUCCAAACAGGCAUCACUUUUGCCCAUUUUUACCCAUGUCUGUUGUCAGAACUGUAGCACCAGGUAGGUUCUCUAUCCCUGCCUUUCCAUCUUACUGAUCCCUUAGUCCUCUUUCUAGCCUAACUCAGGUCUAUAGAUUUACUCAUCCUUUUCUACCAUAAGCAUUUACUGAAUCCCUACUCAUGUGCAGAGUUCUAGAAGACCAGGGGUGUGUUGGUAAAUAAGGGCAGUCCCUCUUAGAAUGACACAUUAAGGGUUUUACAUUUAGUUGUGUGUGAUAGAUUCUGUGCUGGAGAAAGGUACAAAGUAUAAUAGUGAUAAUAGAAUUGUAAAAGUCCAUUCUGCUUUGAGAGCUGGGAGAGAACUGUGAGAGGACGAAAUACUGGAACCAGACUCACAUAGAAAAGGAAGGAAGGGGAGCUGGCUGAUUCCAGGUGGAACAGAGUGACUAAGUUGCAGCCAUUCUAGAUCCAGAAACAUGCUGGUUGUCUUGAUUUCCUGCUUUCUCCAGACUCAGUGGUGUAACCAAAAGUAUUAAGGUGCAAUUCUUCCAUCAGCUGCAAUACUACACUACAUUUUGAAUAGAUAAUUUUAGUUCAGUUUUCAGUUCAAAAGGAAUAAUGAGCCAUCUAAGAUAGAAAGCCAUUAGGGAACUGUCUGGCUAUAUUUGGCUUUUCACAUCUUUGAGUAGACUUAAAUCUGCUCUGGAGGUCAGAUACGCCUCUCCUACGGUAAAUUUUUAAACACUGCUUUGAUUGAGGUAUUUUUAUUUUGGAGAGUUUUCCCCCCUUGGAAUUUAUUUAGUGUGGCUAAGGGGAAAGAAUAAAGAGCCAGCUAUCAUCAGAUUUCUGAAGAGAUUCAAACUCUAGGCAGAAAAUUACUUUAGAAGAAGCCAUCCAGCUAAGAGUCUUUAUGUCCUUGAAUUUCAUGCUCAAGAGCACUUAUCCUGGAAAAUGACUUGACUGGUCAAAGGAAUCAUUAUAGCAAGAAGGUGGGAACUGGCAUGAGGUUUAAACAUUUCAAGUGAGGACUGGGAUUUUAAAAAUGAUAGCUAUCAAAAGUUGGUCUUUUUAAAGAAUCCCUGUAAAGUGUUGGCCACCAGUCAAUAAAGAUGAUUUUUUAAAACUUGUUUCUAAUUUGAUGAUAGCUACUGUAAGUCUACUUGUGGAGAAAAUUCAUAUUUCUGGUGAAAUAUGAAACAAUGCUAAAACAAGACUGCAAGAGCUUCACUAAGUGCCACCCUUUCCUCACCCCUCACCAACUCCUUUGCUUAUUGUCCUCUUUCCCUGGGCUGGAUUUCAGUGACAGGAAGAAUGAUAAUAGCUUUUCAAGUCCUGAAUAUAAAUGAUUAAUUUUGUCAGUAUUCAUGAUCAUAAAACUGAACUCUUCUUGCUAAUUAUGAAAGUGCUAUAUGUACCAAGAAGCCCCAUUCUGGGAGAGCGAAAUGUUGUCUUAGAACAAGAGGCAGCAGUUUGAGCAAUCACUACACAAUCAGAAUUGUUGAUAAGUUGGAAGAAAGGGGCAUUGUUUUUAUUGGAGCUUUUGUAGUUUAUUGGGUUUAUCAUCAGAUGUAAAAUUUACGUCUCCUUGGAAAUUUGAUAGUUCACGGUCCAGAAAAAUGCAGAAAGGGUAAAACAUACUGAUGUCAUUGUUGUACUAGCUAAGUAACUUUAUUUCACUACUUAAGUCAAUAAUUGAUUUGUGCAUUGGUUAAAAAAAUCUGUCGUCUUAAUAUUUAAACGAUACCUUCAUUUUAAUAGACAGUGAGAAAUUAUUCUUAAAGGAGACUGGAUCACAGGCUUUUCUUUGAUAUGACAAAGAAGGGACAUGUUCUCCCAGUUAGUGUGCAGUACUGCAGUAAAACACAGGCUGCCCCUUCCCCUGUUGUUAAGUGCUCGCUGAUUUCUCCAGGUGUGGGUCAUGGUCCAGGUAGUGAAAUCCUUUCUAAAUAAAAGGCUCUUCAGCUGGACGCACUGGAAAGCAGAAACCCAUUUAUUUCACGAUGCUGGCAAAUGGUGCAGGAGGCUACCGGUAGAGUACUAUAUAUGUACUUCCGCAGCGCAAACUUUCAUGUUAUUUUCAUCUGUAGUUGAUAGAAGCAUUCUCACUUGGCAUGCAUAGUAAGAAUAAAAAACUAAAACAAACAAACAAACAAACAAAAAAACAACUAAUAAUAACCAGGAAUCUGGGUUGGGCUGUUCCACAUGUCAAAAACUGAAGUGAUUACAUGAUUGUAAAAUUAACUCCAGGAAUCACUUGCUGGAAAGGAAGCCGUUUAGGAAGCAUUGGUCUAAGCUGACCUACAGAGGACUUGGACGACUGCGCAGCCGCAGUAAGCAAGGCCAGGAUGGGGCUCACGCAGCCGCAGAGGAGGGGUUGUGGGGGCAGGGGUGCGCCUGCUCAGUUGCAUCUGUGCAGUACAGUUCAGCGGUCAACGGCUUCGUUCUUUUGUGCCUCCACGAUCUUGCCUAUGGGUUUCCUACCACUUUCCUCUAAUCUCUGGAGUGAGCAGCCAUGAGCUGGGCUGCAGGCAUUCUGAGGGCCAUCCAAACAGCAAGUGCAGUAGGGGUGAGUUUCUGGGCCCCAGGCAUGGCUCUGUGGCCCUGUCAGGCAGUUCGCAUCCCCCUCAGCAGCCCCUGGCCCUUCACACCUGUGUCCAACAUGGCAACCGUGAAGUGUGAGCUUAUGAAGAAUUUCACCUCAGAAGAGCCCGUUUGUCACAGUAAAGUCUCCAUUAUAGGAGCUGGAUCCGUGGGCAUGGCCUGUGCUGUCAGCAUCGUGCUGAAAGGCUUGAUUGAUGAACUUGCCCUUGUGGACGUUAGUGAAGACAAACUGAAGGGCGAGGUAAUGGAUCUUCAACAUGGCAGCCUUUUCGCGAAAAUGCCAAAUAUUGUUUGCAGCAAAGAUUACCGUGUCACUGCCAACUCCAGUCUAGUGAUUAUCACAGCGGGUGCACGUCAGGAAAAAGGAGAAUCACGCCUGAAUUUAGUCCAGCGAAAUGUAGCCAUCUUUAAAUUAAUGAUUGCCACUAUCGUGCAGUACAGCCCUCACUGCAAACUGAUUGUUGUUUCCAAUCCAGUGGACAUCUUAACUUAUGUAUCCUGGAAAUUGAGUGCAUUUCCCAAAAACCGUGUUAUGGGAAGUGGCUGUAAUCUAGAUACUGCUCGUUUCCGUUUCUUAAUUGGGCAGAAGCUUGGUAUCCACUCUGAAAGCUGUCAUGGUUGGGUCCUUGGAGAGCAUGGAGACUCAAGUGUUCCCAUAUGGAGUGGAGUUAACAUCGCUGGUGUCCCUCUAAAGGAUCUGAACACAGCAAUAGGAACUGAUACAGAUCCUGAGCAGUGGGAAAAUGUUCACAAAGAAGUGAUUGCCAGUGCCUAUGAAAUUAUUAAAAGGAAAGGUUAUACUUCUUGGGCCAUUGGCUUGUCUGUAGCUGAUUUGACAGAAAGUAUUUUGAAGAACCUAAGGAGAACACAUCCAGUUUCCACCAUAAUUAAGGGCCUCUAUGGAAUAGAUAAAGAAGUAUUCCUCAGUGUUCCAUGCAUCCUGGGAGAAAAUGGUAUAACAGACCUUAUAAAGAUAAAGCUGACUCCUGAAGAGGAGGCCCAAUUGAAAAAGAGUGCAGAAACACUUUGGGGAAUUCAGAAGGAGCUUAAGUUUUAAAAUCUGAAGCCAUCAUUCUGAAGUAAUUGAAGAUAAGAUAGUAAAUAUGAGAUUGUACCGUAUAUGCCAACAUUGUGGAUAAAUUUGAAUUCCUGAAAGUUGAGAGAAUCCCCUAGUUAUUUCGCCCUCAAUUUUUUAAAUUUAGCAUCCAGAUGCUGAUGGUGCUUUUUACAAUUCCUAAGUGACUACAUCCAAGAAAAUAUCUGGUUUCUCUGAUGUGGCAGUACUCUUAUUAUAAGUAUAUGCCAUCUGGUCUAAAAAUAAGUAGGAUGUUAGUGUUAGUCUGUUCUAAUUUUCACUAAACAAGUGCUGAUUCAUUCUAAGUUGCUUACACUUAUGUUCAUUUAUGUACCAUUUAAAAAGUUGUAACUUUCUUUACAAUAUAGAAAUGUACACAAAGUUCUUUUUGUAAUGGAUGUCUUGAGGCUGCCUUCAUUUCCCUGUGACAAGCUGUCAGCUAAGUCAUUAAAAAGAGGUCACAAAAUGGGGCUGCAGCUGCAUGUAGGUUGUAUGUGUGCACAUGCCUUCAGAGCAAGAUUGUUCAGGUUAAGAUAUGAAAACAAUAGUGAUCAGUUUGUAGCUGUUAUGUUUAAUGCAAUAAAGUAGAAAACUUACUAAGAAGAAGCCUGACAGAGAUGAUACAGUUACUGUCAUUGAUUUGGCAGGGAAAGAAAACAUCCCUAAAUUUUGCAGUUGCCAGAAAUAAAGUCUGAUUUAGUAAAAGCAUUUUAGAACUGCCUGGGAGAACUGCUAUGUUACAUCAAGACAUGUUAUAAAUUAUUCUUACUGGGCUAGGUCUAGCAGUACUGUGGGCCUUGGCCCUAACUGGCUCCAGGGCCAUCCAUACUGCUUAGUUUACUUCAUGUGUGAGUUCAAGUCCACUUGGGUAACUCAGCAAGAGCCUGUUUCGAAAGAAAAAACUGGGCUGAGGACGUAGGUCAAUGCAAAAACCCUGGAUUCAAUCACCAGUACUAGAGAGGAAAAAAACCACCCUCCAAAUCUAUACCUUAACACACACACACACUCACUGUGGGGUCAGGCACCUUUCUUGAGAAGGUGGUCUCCAUGUGCUGGCUCAGCACCUCAGGUUACUUUGAUUGUGAGGCACCAUUAUAACAACACAGGUUUCCAGAAUUGCAAUGGAAAGGAAACAGAGGCCUAGAGAGUCAAACUCCUGCAGUUAAGUGCUCAGCCUGGCAGUGACACACAUUUCUUUUGCCCAUAUUCACUAGUCACAAGGUUAUGUAACUUUAAGGAGGUAGGGAAGCAUACUUCCCCUAUCUCCAGAAGUAUGUGAAUACUGGCUAUUGGGGAACAGUCAGUAUAUAUCUUAUCAUACAAUUCAAAGUGGCCACCACUAUAAGAAGUAUCCAUUAUAUGCAUCUUCUGUCAUUUUCAGUGAACCCUGGAACAGGGGUAAAAGUUUUAGAGGCAUUUCAUCUCUCCUGAUUAAAGGGAAUUGUGAGGCAACUGUACCUAUGAGCUGUGUCACUGUGGACCAGUUAACCUGUCUGACCUCUGUUUUCUCAUACAUAAAAAUGGUGGUCAUAAUUUCUGCCAUAUAGACUUGUGAAGACUAAGUAACAACACAGCAUUUUUCAUUGCCUGAUACAUGAGAUUCCAGAUAGUUCACAUUAUUACUGUUCAGUACACUGUUAUGACCUUACUAUACUUUUCUUCUCCUGGAAUUAGUAUUAUAUGGGCUUUUUCUGUUCUAUUUUAUAGAAGUACAAAUUCUUGGAAAUUGCCCUUGACUCUGUAAUCAAAGGCUUUCCCAUCCUAUAAAGUUUUGACCCUGUACAGUAGGAUGCAUCCUAUAAAGUAAAUCCUAUAUAGUUUUGUCAUUCUAACUCCAGCCCUGAGAUUGGCAAAAAGUCCCACUACAAGUGAGGCUAUAGAAGCUAAAUGAACUAGUUAAUGCCAAAAACAUUUUGAAACUCGGAGCUUUUAAUUCCAAUAACUGCCUAUUAGAAUUGAUGCUAUUAAGAUUUUCCAAAAUUACUUAAAAUUGAGGGCAUGACCUAAGGUUUUAAGUAAUUCUUUAGGAUACUAUGUAUUAAACCAAAUGUUUUCAAGUCGUUUUUACCUGCCAAGACAUGCCCGGCAGAUGGGCAGUGGUAUCCACACACACAUGCGAGCAGCAUACAGAGUAAGCCACAGGCUACAUAGUCGGGGCUGGUUUCACCAGCUGUGACACUGAACACUGUGUCAUUUCUGCAAGCUUCCAUCUCCAUAUCUUUAAAAGGAGGUUAACAUCUGCCCAUAUUUGUUGUUGAGGGUCAAGCGAGGCACCUAAUAAAGACUAAACAGUAUCUACCUGGUGUAUGGGCUCUAUGGCUGUUUGGGAAGCUACUGAAAUGUGUAUGUGAAUAACAUUAUUAAAGGCACAAUCUUGAAUCUGUUCUGAUAUGUAAAAACAAUCAUAUCCAAUUCCCUGAAUGUCCAUAUUUAUCACAAUUUACCCUUCCCAGUUAAUCAUGACACCACAUUUGAACACUGCUGUCUAAAGUACUUUCUGGUAAUAUUACACUGUGUUUUAAUGUUGGGCACUAAAACAUCAGGACUUAGGAUGAGGUUCCCUGAGUGGUAUGCUCAUUGCUGUAGGGAGGUACCAUUUGGGUCUUAGUCUCUGUGCAGAACACUCUUGGAAUUGUGCUGGGCACAGUCUGGACAGUACACAGUAGCCCUGCUUGUAAGGGUGACUCUGAGAUCCAUAGAAUGGAAACAUUCUCUCUGGCUGGAGGAAAGGAAGAGAAGACUCUAGGGAAGAGUUUGUGGGGUUUGGAAAGUGCUUCAAAGUAACACUGAGCUGCUGAUGGAAAAAAUGAAAGUUUUCAUUUACUGUACAAGUAAUAUAUGAAUAGUAAAAGCUUUAAAACUUCUUAUGGAAUAUCAUUAUGUAAAGCAACUUUUUUGUUGGUUUGUUUGUUUUUUCUUUUCUUUUUUGGUACUGGGAAUCGAAAUCAGUGCCUCGAGCUAGCCAGGCAGGCACUGUGCCACUGAUCUACAUCCUUGGCCCUGUUUAAAGCAAUUUGAGACCCUGCUUAUAACUUAAAUGUGCCAUCAUCCACAGCUUGAACAUCACAGAACGGGGCUCAGUACACUCUUUAUCCCAUUUUUCUUGGUUUCUCUGCCUCAAUCCAAAACUCCUAUAUCCUGGUUGGCUGGUUCUCAGAUGUGAUUCAUCCCACUGGCUCAGCUGUUCACAUAUGCUCCUGGAACAGGGAGAUAAUACAGUCUUCGAGAAAUGAGAGGACAGAAGGAAAUCAGGCCAAGAGUGGGAAAGAGGAACACAAUAUGCUAAAGUUGAGCACCACCUUCACUCUCCUACCCUGGCCUUGGCUGCAUUUCCCACUCCUUCCCCGCCUAGCAGCACUGAAAAGGGAAAUGAGGGAAAUGAGCUGCUCAUGAUGCCUUGGUGACCCAACACCCCAUUUGAAAACUGUGUCACUGGGCUAAGUUUUAAAAAAUGUUUAGCCAGACUCUGGCCAGAGAGAUGUCUGUUUUUCAACUAUGAGAGUCUAUGCAGAGUUUCUCAUUGGGUAUGUAAUUGGUAUUUUGGACAAAACAGUUCUUUUUGUGGCCCAUUCUGGACAACGAACACCUGUGUCUCCCAGCUCCUGCCAGAUACAAACAGCAGUCCACUAUGGUUGUGACAACCAGAGGCACUCCUCUGUGGUUCCAGUCCCUCCUCCCCAGGGAUGUGAUACUGCUUUUAGUGAAGAGCCCCACAUAAAGGAGUUAUCAGAGUACAAACCAGAGAGCGUGAAGGAGUGAGGAGAGGCACAAGCAUAAUGUGUGUGUCCAAGAUUGGCAUCUGGGUUCAGAAUGUGGAGAUAGGUAGCAUGGACCUUCUAUUGACCACAGGUAAUGGGUAACCUAAUAAAUCCCAGUAUCGGAAUAAUUGGACCAAAAUGGUAAUAACAGCUAUAAAGAAAUGCUUUAGCAAACACACCAUAAUAUAUAUAUAUAUCCAUAUGUUUUAUUCUUAGAAAAUAACGUAUUUUGAUAGUGUUUUAGUGAUCAUAGGUCAUAUAUACUGAGCACUUACUGUGUGUGAAGCAAUGUGUUUUCUCACUUAAUCCUACCCUCUAGGCAGGUUGUUACUGUCUUUAUUCUGCAUAUGUAUAAGCCACAGCAAGAGAGUGAGCAGUUUUCCCAAGUGGUGGAGCUGGGAUUUGAAUAAGGGUCUAUACCAGAACGUGUGCUGCCAACAGCAGUGGUGCAGGGAUUGGGUAAAUGCCAAGAUUUACAAGUCUUGAUCAAAAUGCAACCCCUCAGUUUGAAAACAAGGUAGAGAUGUAGCCUCAUCUUGAAAUAAAUAAAUGUUAGCAUAAAACAUUAGUCAACUCUCACAUGAGCACACUUAAGAACUGGCUUGGACAUUGCUGAGGAGUCCAGGGUGCUUUGCAAGCCCAAUCAAAUAGAUCGUUUUUUUGUUUUUUUUUUGGAAAAUAUGACUGGGCUGUGACUGAUGAGGGAAAGUUAUAACACUGUAAUGCUGCUGAAAUAGCAUCUUAAGAACAGGACCAUAUAGAUGAAAAAAGAUGGAUUAGAGCAGUGGUGAUAAACGUAUGGCAUGCAUGCCGGAGGGCUGUGUGUAUCAUUGAAAGCUGUGUUAGAGUGUGUAAGUAAAAUUGGCCAAGGUAAAGAUUAUCCCACUCCUGUAAGUCAGUCUUCCCUUCCCC